GCGUCAGACACCGGACGGAGCAGCGGUGCCUCUCUUUGCCUCUCCUCGCCACCACCCGGCCACCUGGCGACCCCUGCAGCGGGCACUCCUCCUCCUGGCAGGGGCUUCUCGAGGUGUCAUGAUGGUGAUGGCGUGUGAAGAAACUCCCCGUGUGGAAAUAAGCACGACUGAUAUAUCAUUAAUCACUUUUACAGACCGUAGUGUUAAGAGUCGUUUCAAACAAACAACUUGCAGUGGUGGUGAGUUUUACAGCACGGAAACACAAAACAAAACAGUGAAAAAGUAUUAAUAGUGUCGCCGGGAAACUGUGCACUAUUUUCCCUGUGUCUUAAGCAAGUUACCCGGAGCCACACGUCCCAGGGUCCGGCGAGACACUGCAGGGUGGCGUUGACCUUAUUGGUGCCCAGGAAACUCUACGGACCACCAGUACCACAGUUCACUACCCCGCUAUCCCAGCCAGCCAUGACGGGCGUGCAGGCGUGGGCAGUGUGGUGCGUCCUCACUCUAGUUUCCUCUGGAGUGAGAGUAGUGGCGCCCCCAGCACACGUCCCACAGACAGUCAACGCGCCCUCCGCCCUCCACCCGCCACAGGAGCACAAACCCAGCUGGAGAUCGGACAAGACGAGCAACAGCGGUAGUGUUAAUAAGCCCCGGGUUAGUUUGAGUGACAGCAGCAGCAGCCCCGUGGAGCCGAUCAAGCCCCUUCUGGAUCUGAGUCUUGGUGAUCCGAGCUGCUCUCUGACUGUGCCUCUCCACCCUGUGUUUGACGAGGCGGCGCCCUACAAUGUGUCUGCCAUGACGGGGAACACUGCCUACCUCCAUUGCCUCGUUCAUAACCUCGGCAACAAGAGCGUGUCGUGGAUCAGGCAACGGGACCUACACAUCAUGACAGUGGGGCGCUACACGUACACCACAGACCAGCGCUUCGAGGUAAUCCACUCUCCGGGCUCCAAGGACUGGAUACUCAAGAUCAAGUACGCACAAGUGAGGGACUCCGGCAACUAUGAGUGUCAGGUGUCUACUAAGCCCGUGAGAACCUACGUCGUCCAUCUUAACAUCUUCGAGCCCCAGGCGGAGAUCAUUGGCGCUCCAGACAUCCACGUGGACAUGGGCUCAGCUAUCAACCUCACGUGCGUCAUCAGUCAUAGCCCAGAGCCGCCUGCUUACAUCUUCUGGUACCACAACGGCAAGGUGAUGAGUUACGACUCCCCUCGUGGCGGCGUCACCGUCAUGACAGAUCAUGGCAACUCCACUACCGGAUACCUGCUUAUACAGGACGCUCAGACUUCAGACACUGGGAACUACACAUGUGCUCCCUCCAACACCGCCGCAGCCUCCAUCGGUGUACAUGUUCUUAAUGGGGAAACUCCGGCCGCCAUGCAAACCAACGGCGUAGAGUCACUUCUCACGCGUCCCAGGGUGGUGCUGCUCCUGGCCCUGCUGUCACUACUGGCGGCGGACCCUCCCCUGUCCUUCAGUGCUGGUUUCAAGGGCGUGGCGGCACUGGCAGGGGUCUGGAAGGGUCUCAGCAGCUUCGUCUCCUGGAGUCUCCCGGCCCACUCCUCCAGAAGUGUGUUCACGUAGGGGGUUUAGGUGCAUAGAACCGCCCCUCUCCCCCUUCAGCUACUCCCCUCCACCCACUCCCCACGCCGCCAGUGCCUUGUGUGUGUGUGUGUGUGUGUGUGUGUGUGUGUGUGUGUGUGUGUGUGUGUGUGUGUGUGUGUGUGUGUGUGUGUGUUUAUGAAUGUUUGUACGUACACAGAGCCCCAUCGGUCCGUGCCUCGGCCAUUCUCUCCUUUCCUUCCGUCACACACACGCACACACACCGUCCCAUCCUCUCCUGCCCCUCCCCAACUCUCCAUCCUCUUCCCUCUUCUCUAACUGUACAGAAAAAGACUACAUCCAGUCUUAAUGUCUCUCCUCUUCUCCCGUGAAGAGACUAUUUGGUGCGCGACAACACGUCACACAGUAUACAUAAAGAACAUUUGCUGCUCAGUCUAUGUACGUAGCGUAGAUAGAUGCCGUCGAUGGAGUGAUAUUUUCGUAGUUUGAAGACAUAACAACAGGGGGUCGUGGGGAGUGUUUGUCAAUAACAACACGGUCCUGACUUUAUACAUUUUCUAGUGAUCUGUAAAUAACUGUGUGAGUGUGUGAAAGAAAGAGAGAAAGAGAGAAAGAAAAUAUGGGAGAUGUUGUUCGUUUAUAUACUCUUUGUAAGAAGGUCCUUCAAGGCGCCUCCCUGGCAGCGGCAGAGGUUACGUGGCCGACGCCUCGCCCCUGCCAGGGACAACAGUGUGUUCCACCCAACUGCAGCCACAACCAGAGACAGUAAUGUGUGUCGAGGCUGCCCAGAGACACGCUCUGCAGGAUGGACCAGCGGCCCCCACACUAUCGAGCCCUUCGCGUCGCCCUCCAAAGGAAGGCAUCGCGGGGCAUGUCCGUCACCACCAUGGUUUCGAUGUCUCAUGAAUCAGUGUUGAUUGGUAAUAAGCUGUGCGACCCCAGUAGUUCCCUCCCCGUCAGAGUCAAGACGCGAGGAUGAACAGCUCGGUGUGGGUGUGGGAGUCCCUCGCGGGCGCCAGCUGGACCACAGUGUGUAGCGACAUAGUUCACCAAGCACCCGUACCUCUGCUGACAGGCAGAUGUUUAUAUUGGCAAUGUAUGUUUUCGUCUGUGCAUAGAAGUUUCUCCAUAUUUGUUUAGAGAAUCCACCAAGCUACUAAGCUUUCUCCUGUAUAUUUUCUUUGUAAAUAAAGGACUGCCCUGGAAUUUCCAGUGACAGAGAUAGGAAAA